GAUAAUUGACACCAUGAAUUCUGCAGGGCUGUCCAUAAACCAGUGGGGGGUAAGAGGGGGUGGGGAUAUCUUCUGAACAUCGCGUUGCAAGGCAUCCCAAAUAGACAGGGACAGUAAUGACGUAUUUCAUGAUGUCAAACGACGCGUCCUUCCAAUCUCGUUCCAAACAUUCUGUCGAACGAUCCAUUUAAAUGGCAUUUCCUAUGUCAAUUUAAGACGGCAAGAUUUUUAGUUUUUUAUUGACAUAAAUAAAUUUAGAUAGCGCUUUUAAGAGACUUAUUCCUAAUUAAAGUAGUUUUCUUUAUACGGGGUAUCAGUAGACUUUACGAGUUAAGUGUAUUAAAUGCUAUAAAAAAAGUUUCAAAAUGGUUAUGUGUUUCGCUCCAGAUUGUAAACAUUAUAGUGAAAAGAAUGGAUGCAAAUUUUUUACAUUUCUAUUAAAGGAGGCUGAAAAAAAAGUAUGGAUCAAAAACAUCAGAAAAGCAUUAAAAAGCUUUAAGUUUCCUAUAUUAUAUAGACAAGAUAGGGAGCCAUCAUCAAGCUCAAGAAUUUGCCAUUAUCAUUUUAAGGAUGGUAUUAAAGAAAAUGGCCCUACAAUAUUUCAAAGGAAUGAAGACAUAAUAUUGAUCAGCUCUCCAGAAAAGAAAAAAAGAAGAAAGUCUCUUGACUUGCCUAGAACCUCGGAUGUGACAGUCCCUUCUGCUUCACAAUUCCUUCAUACGAAUUCAAGUGCCACUAUCAUGGAAGAGUUAGAAUUUCUUCAAAAUGAGAACAAAAAUCUCAAAAUUGAAAUAGAAAAUUUGAGAAAAUCUAAUUCAAUGUUAGAAAUCGAAAAUGACCUCCUGAUAAAGAAAAUGAAUUCUUGA